AUGGCUGAGAUUGCGUUCAUGUCGGUUGACCCGGAUCAUGAAACCUCUGCUCACGAUGACAGUGAGAAUUGUGAUGUUUAUGAUGAGGUCGAUACCCAUGUUCCGAAAAUGAAGGAGAUCGAGGACCGCCUCAGUAGCAUUAAAGGGAAAGUAGAACCUGGGACGGAGGUAUUAGAGAUUUGUGAAGAUACCGUCAAUCCUCAUAAAAAAGUCAAUGCUGAAGACUUUAAGGUUCUAAAGGUCAUUGGUAAAGGUGGUUAUGGAACAGUGUUUCUUGUUCAAAAAAUAACCAAAAGUCCUGAUAAAGACAAGUUUUAUGCGAUGAAGGUCUUAAAGAAGGCAAAGCUGAUUCGUAACGAGAAGAACACCGUUCACACCGUCUCUGAACGCAAUAUUCUGCAAAUGCUUAAGCACCCUUUUCUUGUGCGGCUGCAUUAUGCCUUCCAAAACCGUUCCAAUCUCUACAUCGUACUUGAGUACUGUCCUGGAGGUGAAUUGUUCAGAUACUUAGAGCGGGAGUGCUUUCUCAUGGAAGAUGCUGCGUGCUUCUACAUAGCCGAAAUCGCUCUAGCCAUAGGUCAUCUCCACUCUCUCGGCAUUAUUUACCGUGAUCUCAAGCCUGAAAACAUUCUCCUGGAUAAGGAUGGUCAUGUCAAAUUGACGGAUUUUGGCCUAUCCAAAGAGGGUGGCAUCAACUGGGACGAUGUCUACAAUCGAAGGAUGGAGCCGCCAUAUAGGCCGGAGCUCGCCUCCGACUCUGAUGUUUCAAUGUUUGAUCCCAGUUUCACUGCAAUGAAACCGGUCGUCAGUCCAGGCAACUCUGAUGAGCCUGUGCCCUCCGACCUAUUCCAAGUGCGUUCUGCCUACUCACAACUUUUCAGCCAAUCGUUGCGCGAAAGCGCGGGUGUCACGCCCACGUGUUUUGGUGAAAUGAGGAUGGCGACUGGUGUGGCACCGUGUGAUGGCGGGUCAGUCUGGCUGCAGUGUUGCAUGCAAAAUGCUGUCGCCUCACCACCUCCACCACCACCACCGCAAACGCAGCACUUGCACUGCUUUCUCAAGCAGCUCCAUUGGAGCAGCAGCAGCCUGAAACGCGGACGUGACGCAGGGGUGAUUGUGAUCACUGGAGAAUGCAUUGCAUUGCAUUGCAUUGGCACUGUCCUCCACCGUGCUCCACUUCCACCUUUCCAUCUGCGCUCGUCAGCAGAUUGCACAAGGUGGGCUUUGGUGCGAAUUGAGGCCUCACCGAAUGGUCCACUGCCCAGUGGCUGUGCCCACCAAUCUGACAAACAAAGGGCACUGCUUUGCAGUUCCGCACUCGGCGCUACUCCAACGACGCGUAGAGGAGUGGCGUCAGUGGAUGAGGCGCCUCUGCUCGGUGCACGUGAUGCAUCACCAGACGCCUUCAGAACAACUCGAGGGCUAGGGGUGUCUCCGCGAGGCAGCGAGCAAAUGGACACCGAUACUCCCCCAUCAACACAUGUGUGUGGAGUGGAUUUGCGUGACUUCUCCAUUCCUACACGCACCAUGCAACCGCGCGACAUAGGCGGCAACUACGGUGGAUUGUCGCGAGUGUGUGAGGACGAUGACGAGGAUAACAUCCCUGGUGCGAAAGCAAUUCGCGCCAAUGGGGGUGGUAGUGAAGCUGUCUCCUCCCGAGCCUCUCACACACGUGUGUCGUCUGCUGCCAAGCCUACCUCACGUCCAAAGUCCUCCGCUGCUACUGCCACUCAGUUGACGACGACCACCACCACCACCAACAAAAGCAGCCCACGUCGGCUGGCCGACACGAAGCCUUGCUCCUAUCCCAAUCUCCUAAUCACCCGCACCGGUGAAACAGCCACCUCCAAUGGACAUCCCUCCUCCGGUGAUCUCUCCAAUGCGAUGCCAUCGGGAGGUAGUGCGCUAGCGCAGGACUCACUCAGUGUACACAGUGCCAUCUCUUCGGCAUCCACUGCCAUUCACGCGAAAUCGCACCACCGUCAUCAUUUGCAUCGUCAGGUGUCGUCUGGAAGCACCAACGGAAAGGAUGCCAAAUGCUCUCUAAUGUGA